CAGUUUAUGGCAGCUAUAUAUUUGCGCAGAUGAAAGAACGGAGAACUUGUUCCAUUUCCGAAGUAUUAUUACCAGAAAGCUAGGCUGCAAAAUAACACAUAUGGAGAAGAGAUCUUUUGGGCUCUUAUUGUUGCUGUUCAUCGUCUUGGCUUCUCAGGAGAUGGUGCUGCCCAUUGAAGCUAGGGUUUGCGAGUCAAAGAGCCAUCAUUUCAGAGGAGUGUGCACGAUAGCCCACAACUGUGCUAUAGUGUGUAGGAAUGAAGGCUUCUCUGGCGGCAAGUGCAAAGGAUUCCGACGCCGCUGUUUCUGCACUAGGCUUUGCUAGUUUUAUUUGCAUGAAAGGAAGGGACGUUGCUGCAAACCUGUUAUGUUUACUUUGUGUUGCUAAUAAUGCUUGUUCCCUAACCGUUUUGUUCCAAUAUAUUCCUCCUGUUGUUUGAAAAGUUCUCUCUCGUUUCUAUUUCUGAUAUAGAAGUGUUAUCUGUUUAAUCCCUA